GCCGUGUUCGUCGCCGUCAAUCGCAUCCUGUGUUUCUAUCUCCGGUCUGAUUAUAUAACCACGAGCUGUUGUUACAAUGUUUCUCACGAGAUUUAUCGGGAGGAGAUUCUUGGCAGUAGCAUCCGCGAGAUCGGAGUCCACUACUACUGCAGCAGCUGCGUCGACUGUUAGGACUGCCAAAAACCCUCUCGAAGAGUUCUUUGAGUUCGAUAGAAGCCAAGACGAAGACAAACCUGUUGUCUACGGUCGAGGUUGGAAAGCUUCGGAACUGCGGCUCAAGUCAUGGGAUGAUCUUCAGAAGCUGUGGUACGUUCUUUUGAAAGAGAAGAAUAUGUUGAUGACUCAGCGUCAGAUGCUUCAAGCUCAGAACAUGAUGUUCCCUAACCCUGAACGCAUUCCAAAGGUGAGAAGAUCAAUGUGCCGGAUAAAGCAUGUGCUGACAGAAAGAGCAAUUGAAGAACCGGAUCCCAGAAGAUCUGCCGAGAUGAAGAGAAUGGUCAAUGCUAUGUGAUCAUCUUCCCCUUGUGCUUCUUUUCGCAACCGAUUAGAGUCAGUGUUUGGGGUCUUGGUCCAAUGAUUGUGAGUGUUGUGUCUGGUAGUAAAAAACGUUUGUUGGGUAGCUAUUAUGCACGUACGUUUCUGUAAAACCAUUGGUGUUUAUUUCAGGAGUACACAUGUUGGUUAGUUGAUUCAGAGCUACUGUCUUGGAGCAUAAUCCACAUUAAUAAGAGAGCAAG